CGGAACGAGCUUCUCGGCGACCGCGCGUGGUUGCGUUCCCCGGGCUUGAGCCGGCGUUGGCAAAGCAGUAAUUUGAACUGUCUACCCGGAGCGAAUGAGCCCAGGAGGAGCCAUGGAGGGCCAGAGCGUGGAGGAAUUGCUGGCAAAGGCGGAGCGGGACGAGGCAGAGAAGCUGCAGCGCAUCACGGUGCACAAAGAGCUGGAGCUGGAGUUCGACUUGGGUAACCUGCUGGCCUCAGACCGGAACCCCCCGACGGGCCUGCGGCGCGCGGGACCCACGCCGGAGGCUGAGCUGCAGGCCCUGGCGCGGGACAACACGCAGCUGCUCAUCAACCAGCUGUGGCAGCUGCCCACGGAGCGCGUGGAGGAGGCGCUGGUGGCGCGGCUGCCAGAGCCCACCACUCGCCUGCCGCGCGAGAAGCCGGUGCCCCGGCCGCGGCCGCUUACUCGCUGGCAGCAGUUCGCACGCCUCAAGGGCAUCCGUCCCAAGAAGAAGACCAAUCUGGUGUGGGACGAGGUGAGUGGCCAGUGGCGACGCCGCUGGGGCUACCAGCGCGCCCGCGACGACACCAAGGAAUGGUUGAUCGAGGUGCCCGGCGGUGCCGACCCCUUAGAGGACCAGUUCGCCAAGCGGAUCCAGGCUAAGAAGGAACGGGUGGCCAAGAAUGAGUUGAACCGACUGCGUAACCUGGCUCGCGCGCACAAGAUGCAGCUGCCCAGCGCGGCUGGCAUGCAUCCUACGGGACACCAGAGUAAGGAGGAAUUGGGCCGCGCCAUGCAGGUGGCCAAGGUCUCCACCGCCUCAGUGGGGCGUUUCCAGGAGCGCUUGCCCAAGGAGAAGGCCCCCCGGGGCUCCGGCAAGAAGAGGAAGUUUCAACCCCUUUUCGGGGACUUUGCAGCGGAGAAGAAGAGCCAGUUGGAGCUGCUGCGGGUGAUGAAGAGCAAAAAGCCUCAGCUGGACGUGACAAGGGCCACCAAUAAACAGAUGAGGGAGGAGGACCAGGAGGAGGCUGCCAAGAGGAGGAAAAUGAGCCAGAAGGGCAAGAGAAAGGGGGGCCGGCAGGGUCCUGGGGGCAAAAGGAAAGGUGUCCCGCCCAGCCGGGGAGGGAAGAGGAAAGCGGGCUUGGGAGGCAAGAUGAAUUCUGGGCCGCUUCCCUAUGGCGGCAAGAGGAAAGGAGGGCAACACCAAGGAGGAAAGAGAAGGAAAUAAUUUUCACCCUCGGACCCGUCUGUAAACCAAGAACUAUAUACUAAAUGUUAAAUUCUAGUUACGGGGGGGCGGGGGGCUGUUGAAGAAGGGGGCCGCUGCCUUCACUGAGCUUGAGGUUGAAGGGAUAGACUGCCGACCCCCAAGAUAGUAUGUAAAUGUUGGACUCUACAAAUUAAUGUUUUUCCCACAACCAGGAAUUUGGCUGGAGAUUAAAGGAUGUAUUUGAGGACAUAAGAAUCCGGGAAAGAAUUUGGUGGAAACUGAGAAUGAGUUCUAUUUUUAAACAGACAUCUUUUUUUCUUUUUAACUUUGGAUAUAUUGUGAGAGAGAGUUGGUCAUCUUUCAGACUUAAAAUUGAUUUCUGCAUUAUUUUUAUAACAAGGGAGUGUAUCACAUGGGGGAAUGGAAAGAUUACAUUUUCAAAACUGGACUUAUAAGUAACUCUUAUGAAGGUUGUUUAAUAAAAGUGUGUAUCUACUGUUACUUUUGACAUUUUGGCUAUUGGUAGAAAUUCUAAGUAAAGCCAGGGGAUACCUGGUUCAGAUUAUUUUAGUUUACUUUCUAAAAAACAUAAAGCAGGUAAUUUAUGAUGAUUUCAGUGAUACCAACAGAAGUGUGAGUUUUUCUAAUAAGUAUCAGAUAUAAUAUGAAAGUGUAGUAUGACUGGUGUCUCUGGAAAAAGAUUUUAUGCUUUUUAAUACUGUGAAAACAUUUACUGCCUGUAAAUUAUAAAUGUGGGCUUCACUAAAUAAUGGUAAUAAUCCUCAUUAAUCCAAAAAACACUUAAAACUUUUUCAACAUUUAUGUCCCCAAUUUUUUUUUUUUAAACAUCUGGUAGGGUCUGUUUUUUGAGAAGAGAUGAAGAAACCCACCAAAUCUUUACUGAAACACUUAUCUUUGAUUCGUUUGUCAAACUGACCUUACUAGUUUGAUUAGGAGGUCAAAUGUUCAUAGCUUUUAUGGGUCUCCUUCCCUAAUUGAUCUCAAUAAGCUGAGAAGGAUUCAUAGUAGAUCUAGAUUCCAGGGGAGCAUUUUUGCUGCUGUUACAGCCCCAUGAGCCACUCUACUCAGGUUUUUGGUCUGACAGUUGAUAGGAAAUUAAAGUUGGGUGUUAAUUGUGUCUUUUUUUAGUGUUGCCUCAUUUUUAUGUUAUCUUUAGAAAUUACUAUGGAAGAAAAGAUUAAUUCAAAUUUCAUGAUACGUUACUAAAAACACAGAUGUUCAAUUGUUACUGUCUUAGGAUACUUUCUGAUAAAGUUGAACUGCCAUCAUUGAUCAACUCUCCCACUGGGAAGUGGAGCACUUGGCCCUAGAAUAUAGUGUAAUCAUGGAAAAUUUGUAACUACUGAUGAAACCAUUUAAUGGUAACUUAAUCAAAAGCUAUUCUGGAGCACUUAACACCUUUUAAGUUCUCAACUGUUCAGGGUGUUUUGUUGUUACUGUUUGGUUUUGGGAUUUUUUUGGGUUUUGUUGUUGUUGUUUUUAGACUUUUGAUUUAGCAGUUAGGCACAGCACUGGCCCUGUAAAAACAAACAAAACCCUCGGGCUUUUUGCAUGGUCCUUAUUUACUAUUAAAACAGUUUAAAUGCAA